AGACAGUAAUGGCGGACGGGCAGGUGAAGAAAGUCGACGAAAAACUCACAGACUGACGGUGGAUUUUUUAGCCGUUCUCCUGCCCAGAACCACAGUAGUAGUGAGCUCAUCAUCAUGGUGUGUAAGAAGGAAGUUAUCAACUGGUUCCGCGAUCUUAGUGCCUGCCGAAGGAUAGAGUUUCUGUGUGCGCUGAUGGACUGCUGUGGUCCGCUGGAAUUACGGUUUCUGGGAACGUACAUCGAGGAUUUAGGCCGCCGAGACUAUGACCGUCUCCGCGAGAUGGAACUGCAUGCCAACAAUGUAAACUAUUUGUCAAAGUUAACCAAUAUAUCAGAUAUACGGAUACUUGAUAAAGUACUAACGAGCCUGGCACUUAUGUAUUCAACUUGCAAAGAUGGUGCAAGGGUACUCUUUAAAACGCUGAAAGAGCAUACGGACACCAUUUUGAACGGAGCCGGGGAACCAUGUUCAGAGACCCAUGAGAAAGUCGUCCUGCUUGCAGUCAUGGCUUUGAACCAUCCAGCAUUCUCAUUCAGUGAGAAACAGGCCCUACGAUCACAGCUUUACGCAUUAUUGCAAGCAGUUGAAAGCAUUGCUGCGGCACCCUCUGAAGACUGUGAUGAUGGGGUGAACAGCAUCAUAACUGGUGAGCAGAAGGAGCCCUCUAGUCAAGUGCUUGCAGCAGCCACUGUGGCCCAGGCCAAUCUUGCAGAAUCAAACUCUGGUGACACCGUAGAGGAAGGUCCCAGCUGCCACAAUGACUCUGGGACUGCUCUCGAAAGCAAGAAAAACUGCAGUCCUCCAGAUGCAGACAACCCAGUGUUCAUCCGUAACAUAGAGGGCAAGGGACUAACGAGAAGACAAUCAGACAAGCGAUAUGAGUACACCUUCGUGGUUCACUGGUUGGAUGGCACUGUCACCAACAUCAGGAAGACACAUGGCCAGAUGCAGGACUUUCAUUACAAGUUGACCAAGCUCUUCCCAGAAGAGGCACGAGAGCAGAAGUAUCAAGACCGAGUUAUCCCAUGCUUACCUGCAGGGAAGAGGAACUUCAGCUCAGCCCACAAGGGAGAACUGGCGGAAAGGAUGCUCCCAGAGAUUGCCGAGUAUGCCAAGCAACUGUCUGCCUUACCACAACACAUCCUCCAAUGUGAGCUUACCUGUAACUUCUUCCGGUCCUCUGAAAGUUCCGAGAUGUCGGCCAUUGAGGCUGGCAAGAUGGCCGGCCAGAUGAACCCGACAGCGUCAGAUAAAGAAAUGAAAUCAAGUACCAGCCCAACUCAAGUCUAUCAACAACUCCCGCAGCAUCUGCAGCAGCUGCAACUUCAACAGCAGCAGUACCCGCUGCUGCCAGACAUGGAGCCGCAGCAUCUUCAUCUCCACUACCAGCAGCAACUAAUGACCCACUCCCUGCAGCAGCAACAGCAGCAGCAUUACCAUGGGCAGAUGGUGAGGCAGCAACAGCAGUCUCCCUAUUCCCAAGCGUCGCUUCCCCCACUGAUGGUGCAGUCACUUUCGCAGCAUCCCCAGCCCCUGCAGCAGCAGCCACCGUCAAUUCACCUGCAGCAACUGCAGCAGCAACAAGGUGACAUGUCCGUGCACCAUGGCCAACCCCAGCCUGGUCAACAGCAGCAGGGAGCACAGUCCUCUAAGAAUCAGUCACACCCAGCUGCAACCUCUCAGAUGCAGCAGCAACAUUCGGUUCCAGCACACUACCCGGAGUAUUACGCCCAGCUGGACUCCAUGCCAACCUCGAAAGCAAACCAAGUCAUGCACCAGCAGUCUGGCAAGUUCUCCAAUCAGCAACAUCAACAGCAGCAACCUCUGCGACAGCUCCAACCUCAACAGCAGACAGACAGUGGGCCGUCCCGUCGUACCCAAUCUGAUCCAACACCACCUCCUUCCCAGCCACCUGGCCAUCACAACCUGACAGCCCUGGUCAGCCAGAUGCACAUCUCUCAGCACCAUCAGGUAAACCUGUCAACACCCAACAUUCCCCCAGCAGCAGUCAGCAACUCCAGCAACAGCAGCAGCAGCAGUCUGGGUGUCUGUCAACAAGGUACUUCAGUCACGUCAUCCAUGGUCACUACGACAGCUGGCAGCAGCUCUGUGUACUAUCAGACUGUGACUAGUAUCGGCUCAGUACAGAAUCUUUCUCCAGAUCCCAUCACCACGACAGGCAGCACAGGAUCCAGUCAACAGCACUUUAAGGCGACUUCCAGCAAGGAACAGACUAAGCAUCCAAACAACACCUCUGCAUAUGUGCAGAACCCUCCCAUGUCCAAGCCUGUCCUGCCCACAUACACAGCCAGCCUGAUGCCCAACUCUGCCCAUUCAUCAGUCUCUCUGUCCCCGAGUCACUCCCAGGCCCCGACCUCCCAGAAUGCCCCAUCGCCAGGCAGUCGUCCCUGGCCGGCUCCGCCUAACAGCAGCUUGGCCCAGCCCAUCAGCAGCAUGGUCCGGUCUUACUAUGGCCAGCUCUCCAGGGACAACGUAGAUCCCUUGAUCCACGAGUGGUUGAAGAAACAGAGGCUCCAUAAGUAUACCAAGUUCUUCGAGUGGAAAUCUUUUGAACAGGUGCUGCAACUGAGUGACAAAGAAGUGGAUUCCUGGGACAUAGUGCAAGGAGCUAAGGGCAGGAUCAAGUCACAGCUAGAGCAGCUGAGGCAGAAAGGGCUAACUGGCCUGAAUGGCAUGUCACAAAUUAUGGCCCACACACCGCCCCCUUCCUACUACUACCACGGCCAGGUCUACCCUCCCCUCAGCUCUGCCAUGCUGUCGCAGAUGUAUGCCAGCCCCGGUGUAGGCGGCGAGGGGACAGGGUCAGAGGGAUCCAGCUCCUCCUCCAGUCCCAGGGAGAGCUCUGACGAAAAUGAGAGAGAAUCUGAGGGUAGCGAGGGGUCUGUGAUGUCUUCACCAGAUGCCCGGUCUAUGGCUGGUGUCAACCGAGAUUCUAAUAACCAGCAGAAGCCAGAGCAACAGCUGACAGCUCAAGAUAACAACAGCUUUCGGGCAGCUACCCCGCAGGUUAACCAAUAUGGCCAGCCCCAGAUGAGUACUCUCCUGAAACCCCAGGGAAAUUUGCCUCCAGGGAACCCCCAGAACAGCCCCCAGGCUAACUCCCAGGCUGUACCGGGCUCCCCUCUCUCCAACCCAGCUGUUGGCGUGAAUUACAACUACGGUGCUGUGGGCCCCUCCCCCAAUGUGGACCAACUGCCCAUGGGAUCAGUGGACCUGAGGCGGCUCAUAGACAGCAAUCAGCGGCAGUCAGACUGCCGCCUCACGCCGGUGCCAACAGUCGAGAUGGCUACUUCUUCGGUCAAGGUGGGCAGUGGCUCUCACACGAGCAGUGGGGGUGGGGGUGGUGGGCCGGGCGCGACCUUGGCAAGACCGCAGUUGCAGGUGGUCUCCCAUCUUGGUGAUUUAAACAUGAUGGGAGUCCCGCCUCCCAACAUGCCUCCGCCGCUGCCUUCCCACAACCAGAUGGACAUAGGGGCAAACAUUCCACCCCAGGUUGUGGGCAUCAAGCAGCAACAGCAGCAGCAGCAGCCUUCAGCACAACAGCAGCAGCCAAGUAUACCAGGUAUCCAGUACUCCAUUGAGUGCGCCGACUCCAGCAUUUUUAAGAUGCCGUCCAUAGUUGUACCCGAUGUUGUCCCCACUUCCACUGUUUCUCCCGGUCUCUCUGUACCCUCAUCCUUACCGCUAACUGCCCGGAAUGAGGGGCCGGCCCCGACAGCAUCUGGUGCCACCACCCCGCGAAUUCUGCCCAGCCCAGUCAACCCCAACUUCCCAGGGUCAAGAGCAGGCUUCGCUCCCCAUAAUGCUCCCGUGACGUUUGGCAUGCGGCAUGGCGGGGAGCAGUAUCAGGCACCGACCUCCGUGACCUACGUGACCAGCAUGGCACAGAGCCCGUCCAUUAACCUGGCCAACAGCAACAUCUACGACAGUAUCUCCAACAGCAUGAUGUACAAUAGCAACAACCAAGGGGGUUACUCUGUGGGCAACCCGGGAUGUACAUCCUGUGGCUGCAGUGGUCAGUGUGGGACCUCUGGCAUGCACCAUGGCCCUGUCCACCACCUCCCGUUGCAGGGCGCCUACCCUUCUGGCCAAGUUGCCUAUCAGAACAUUCCCAACUUCUUCCCCAGUAACCUGCCCGGGAUGCCCCCUCCCAGCAGCGUGAUGCCACCGCCCAUCCCCGGUAGCCCCAGGUUCCCGGGACCCAUGCUGCCCUUCCAGAAUGUCCCCAGCGAGAUGGCAUAUGGAGGCAAUAGCCAGUUUGGACUGAUGCCUCAUGGGCAGAUGUACAUGGGCGGCAUGGGUUAUGGGCACAGGAACAAUCAUGGAUCCCACACUGGGCAAGGAGGUAAGAAACGAACAUGCUACAACUGUGGUGGAGUAGGUCACCGACCAGCUGAAUGCCAACAGCUGUCCAUGGAAUCCAUCACUCAAAACAGCCUUUACCGCCUGAACUUCAAGCCUGUGCCAGACUCUAACCUCAACAGCGACAGCUAGUACAUGUCUAAGGGCUUACACCCACCUCCCCUCCCCUGCAGUUGGACAGAGACUUUGCUGUAUAAACUUGGGAAAAAAAAGCAACAUUGCUACUGGCUGAUGAUGUUAUUGGCAACAAGGUUUGUGUAGCGCUACUGUAACAGGUACUGAAUUAAUCAUAAAGAUGUUGAAUAAAUAAUUCAAAAGUGCAGAUUUGGAAAUCACUGAUGAUGAAUUUUUCAUAGGUUUUCCUGAAUGAUCUUUUGAGAGUGUUCUCAAGGGAGAAUAAUAAGCUUUUUUCCCUUAAGAAAAAUGUCAAGCGUGUUGUUCAUUUACUUUGAUAAGUCUGAUUUUCAAAUCUUAAUUUACGCAUAAACAGCAUGGUUUGUGUGGGAAUAAAGAGGCUUUCAUGGGCUUUUAUUCAACGUUCUUUAUAAGAGAUACUGCAGCAGCCACUGUAAUAACUGCUUCAGGAACUACAUAUAGAUGCCUUGAUUCAGUCACUUAACUACAUAGGCAUUGGAAUCAAGAUGCAAAAGUGAUUCAGAUCUACCUUCAUAGCUACUUGUACAGUUGAGGUUUAGAAUUUGUCAUUGUUACGGUGAGAUUCAUGCUUCCAGUUGAGGGUUAUUAAUAUAUUUUUUUAGGAAAGAGGAGUUAUUCUUCCCGGCAUUUAAUCAUCGCCAGAAGUUUCCAUGGAUGUGGACACGUCAGUUCUGUUGGAAAAUAAAUUUCAGUUUCGAAUAUUAAAUGUUGCUGUUGCUGGAAGGAUAAUGGGAGUAAUGGGUAGAUCACCCUCAGUUUGUCUCCUACGUAAUCCUGUAGGUAUCUUGAAGAUGGGCCUCAAUUUGCAAGUUCGAGAAAAAUAUUCGGAACAUUACAACCUGGGCAUCUAACAAAUACAGGUAGAUGCCGAGAUGUCUUUGAAGCAUCUCUGUCCUUAAGAGGAGGCCAGUCCCUCUGGCAAACUGUGUAUACAUGUAUGUUGUUGAAAGUUGUUAGAAGGAACAGUAAUGCAAUUCAGUCAUCACCCUAUCAGCCCUGAGCAGAAGCACCCCUUCACCGGUUGAAGAGAGCCAUGUUUGUAGGGAAUGUUCAGUUUGUUGUUAAUGAUGGGACUGCAACGCUUUCAUUUCGUCGUUGUUCGGGAACCAGCAAAGAGCAGUUCCCACCAAAGGAGACUCCAUUGCUAGUAAUAGUGCAUCGUCUGUUGCUCCCACUUGGGGCCUAUGUAAAGUAGUUUGAAGGAGACAUGCAGGACACCUCCUUGUGUAAGAGCUUUCAGAAAUCUUUCAGAAAUUGGUUUGAACUAAUCUCCCUGGCGGCUCAUUUGAAGUAUUUGUGGACUAGUUUGCCCAGAAAUGCAUGUAAUAACACAUACUGGGCAGCACUGACUCGUCUCAUAGAGUGUGUGAGUAAACCUCUGUGUGGCGGUACUUGUAUGUUGCAUCAUCAACGUGCUACCGGUAUGUGUUGUGAUUGAACAUACUGGUGCAUAUUUUGUUAAUGCCUCGACAAGUCUGUUUAUGCUUUUCAACCCUGAAAAAUCGGAGGAAGGAAUUUGUUCAUGUCGUCCCCCGCCUGAAGCUAGCACCUCCUCUGUUUCUAGUUCGCGUGUACCAGGCAUUGGCCGAUGCAUGUCAUGAAGUAUCAUGUCGGGGGAAAAAAAACUGCUGGUGUACCUUAUAGGUUCAUUUAAUGGUAAAAUUUCAGUGAGCUACCUGUGCAUGUAAGUGUACAUGUAUUUAAGAAAUGCAGUUCAUGGGCGUUGGGCAUUAUCAGAAAAUUGAGUGAAAGGAAACCAGCGUGGGUUUUUUUUGUAUAAUGUUUUUUUUCGUGGUGCUGUUUUUAAUUUCAUUCAAAACAGGAUGAAUUGCCUGUGUUGCAUUGUGUAAAAAUGUCUUAUUCAUGUUUUGUUGUUAGUGUUUUAUUAUUUUUAUUAUUUUUUUUUCAAUUCUUCAUUUAUCUUUUGAGAAGAUAUGUUUUGGCAGAUACGUUUUGGAUACAGGUACAUGUCGUCGUCUUACAGCGUCUUAGUGUUUUGCGAUUUUUUAAACUUCUUUAGCCAAAGUUGGGAAAAACACAGGUAUUGAUGAUACCAAACAGUCAACCUUUGGGUAACUGAUUGUAUAUAGAAAUCAUGUGGCAUUUCAUGGUUUAUUUGAAAUGAGGCCUAUCGUGUGCAAAAUACAUAUUACAUGUUGAAAGUCUGCGUACCUCAAAGCCGUUUCGAAGUUGGUUGGUGCUGAAUUCCAGCUCCCUUUUGUUCCGUCAUCGAGAAUAUUUCUUCGCAGUAGAACUAACCCAUCGUAUGUGCGCACUUUUGUCUGCAGUGGGAGGCUGCACAUUUUGAUGGGGACAAAAAGGAAACACCUGCGACAAACUUCAUUUGUUACAAGAAUUAGUCCAGAUUAGUUGGGGUGAUAUAGCUUAAUACGUGUAUCUUAAGAGAUUAUUUCAAGAAAGUAUUGCCAUUUUGCUCCCAGUAGUGGGAGGGUAUCAUUUUCAAUGCAGUAUCCGGAGGGAAAGGCUUGAUUCACCUUCUGCAGGAAAUUAUGAAGGGAAGCAAACACCCCACUCUCUAAGUGCUGAUGAUUAGUGCCGAACAUUGUCGACGUGCGAGCCUCAGCCCUCCGAACCACCCACCCCUAGCCCUUCAUGUUCACAUCUUCGGUCACAAGUGAAGCACAUGAAAUCACAUGCUGCUACUGUUUGUUAUGCAAGGUAGAGAGACACACGACGGCCUGUAUUCUGACCUUUUCCAAUAUUUAUAGAAGGCUCCCAUAUGACGUGGUUUGGUUUUAUUUAAAGGAUCGCGUAUUGUGUACCGUGCACCUUAAUGCACGUAGUUGAUGAAAUUAUGUUCCCACAUGGGCGACAUAUUAUAUCCAUGCCUAGAGUAACUCUAUCUUCAUGCUUUUCAAUCAUCCUGACAUUUGUGGUAAAGUGUCACCUUUUGUGUCGUGCAUGUACCUGCCUGGAGGCGCUCGCGUACACAUGCUCUCCUCAUGAUCAUUACACCCGACUUCCAACGACUCGAUGAAACUGCAUUUUCAAAUUUGAUAGUCAAAUUGACCAACGGACUUCCUAAAUAGUGUUCCAGACAGUCCUCUCCAAUUUUGUCCUCGUGGUUUCCAUGGUGAUUCAAUUAUUCUCCCUGCUAUAGCUCCUCCUGAAAAAGGCAAUUUUCUUCCUCUGCAGCUAUUAAAUAUGUACAUGUACGUAUCCCUGUAGGCAGCUGCUGUCAAAGAGGCCCUUUUUUUUUUGUAAUUACCGUGGUUAUACAACGGGAGCAUUUCCGUAAGGUACCUGGUUGUAUUGUUUGCUACGGGUAAUUAUUUGUGCAUAUCCCUGCGUACAGCGUUUUCUUGUCUCAAAAGAGAUUUGCUGUAAGGUCAUGUUAGUAUUUUGAGCUGGUUAUAAGGAAGUUAUUUCUGUUUACUGUUGAUCCAGGUUUUGUUGACAGCUUAAGAAACCUAUCCCUGAAAUUGCAGUUAUAUCGCACCAGUAAGCAGUUACCUUAUCCCCAAGAAGUUUAUUUGGAACAGAAAAUGUGUAUAUUGGAGUCGUAUGCCAAUCACCGUCCCUGAACAUUCAAAGAGAAGCACCCAUUGCUUUAAAGUGACAAAUGUACGUACGUGUAGUAUGGUAGCCAUUUUUAACAUUUAUUGAAUGUUUUGAAAAUUUUAGCCCUCAUUAUUUUCUGUCAUUUAAUUGUACGGUGAAUGUAGCACUCCUGUUGACCCGUUUGUUAGAGUGUCAGGCCAGAAACAGAAUAGAAAGAGCAGGUUGUUUGUGGCAUUAAUUAGAUAGUGCUCGAUCACGCAGACAGAAUAUUCUCGACAUUAUUGAGGAGGGAGUUGCAACGUCGCGCCCAUAGUGUUCUGUUGGACACCGGACCGAUAUAGCCCCCUCCCGCGCAUUUGACACUGUACAUGAAGCUGGGAAAAAUUAGCGCACAAACUGUGGACAACGCAAAGCUCUAAGCGUCUAUUCAUCCAGUGUCUCUUAAAUGGCAGUCCAAAAUUGUGCACAGUAUCUUUUUCUAGAAAAUAUCAUGAUGCCAUUUUAUAUUGCAAGUUUAAACACGUGUAUUUUAAUCGUUGGAUUUUGAUUUAAGUUUCUCCAAUUUAACACCCUUAAAAUCUACUGCUGAAUUACAUUACAAAGGGCAAACAAUGACAAAUAUUCUAUCAGCCAACAAAAGCAUCCUAUCACAGAUGCGAAAGCACCCCUAAAAUCUACUGCUGAAUUACAUUACAAAGGGCAAACAAUGACAAAUAUUCUAUCAGCCAACAAAAGCCUAUCCCCAUCUCCUAUCAGAGAUGCAAAAGCGCUUGUAAGUGCUUUUCUCAAAGUAUGCUUUGUGCAAAAGUAGUUAUCAGUGAAUCUAUGAAAAAUUGAACAACGCUUUAACUUUUUACUAUUGCAAUUUUAUCUUGGUAAGCAAUCCAUAAAGCGUCAUCUUUGCUGCGUUAAGUAUCGUUCCCAUGUUGUGGUAACGAUUGCCGACAGUACGCAAGAUUGAAAGACGAAGACCGUCGCGUUUAAGACGGUGGAUGACAUCAUCUGACAAAAAUUAAACAAGGUGUCUCCUCCAAAUCCUCCAAAUAUUUUCAUACGAAAUGCCCUUUUUCAGGUAUUUACAUGUAUAUGCCUUUUCGUGAACCUACAUUUACUUGUGAAUUGGUACUUCAGACAUGCAGCGUUGUAUGUAUUAGGCAUGAGAAGAAAAUGGGCCUGCUCCUGCGAGGGAGAGAGACACAUACACACAUACACACAAAUGUGCAUUUGCCUGCAACUGUGGACCCCCUAUUGUUCCUCUUUUGUUUGUACUCUAACUUUUUUAGAAGACCACUCAUAUGUUUUGUACACAGUUGUCCAUCGGGGGCCCUCUGUCAAUCGGCGACCUUAUUGUCCUCUAUUGUUCAGGGUCCCCAAUUGCAUGCAGAAACAAACUCACGCUCCCACAUGUUUACAUGCAUGCCCGUCUGUGAGGGGUAGGCCUGUGUACAUGGACCACGUCUUACGACUUGACGCAGACAGUAGGCUAAGUUAAAACAUCAUCUUCGUCCGCGCUUACAUCAGUUGCAAUAAAAUGUUUGGAGCUGACUGUGUCACCUGACCUCAGUGUGGAAGCGAGGCUUUGGAGGCCAUAAGUGUGUGCUUCUUCAAACUUAGUGUAAACAUGUUUAAAUCGAAAUUACGAUAGCUUCUUUCCCACUAUUAGUUGCAUGCAUCAUGCCUUUUGUACAUGUGUAUGUUCAUGUAUAUAUUAUUUCAACACUGUAAAUGCUUUU